GAUUGUGAUUUUCGGUUUUGUUGUUUUUAUUUUUUCUUUCUCCAUUUCUGGAUAUCGGUGCUGAAAACACAGUCUUUCUUGUCCAUGUUUACUAUCCUUUUGUUAAUCUUGUCCAUUUUGAUCAUUGUGAUUCUCUUUUUGCACAGGAUAUUGGCAAUUCGUGUUUUAUCCUUUCUCCGUUAUAGUCCUUUACUCUUUUUCUUUUUCUUGGCCAAAUCAAUUUUCUAAAAUGGUUGAAAUGAAAGGUUUUAGACAAAGAAAAUGCAUGCUUGAAUUAAUCAAGUGGUUGGUCAGGUUGAUUGGCCACAGUUUUUUGAAGUGUUGGUUAUGGUUCUCUUGUGACUAAUGGCUUUGGUGGUUCUGAUUCUUGAUAGUAUGUACCUGUCAAUUAUACUGUGUAUCGAUCUUUUUGGAUGGAUAGUUGAUAUUUUCAUUGGGAUGAUUUGAUACUGAUUCCUAAAUGUUCAAAAGAAAAUUGUAUACACAAAUUAGUUGGAAGUUGUGGUUUUUCUUGCCCUUCUACUGAAAGUUGUAUUACAAAUUUGCCAAAUAUCAGACGUUGGAACUUUUCCUUUUUCUCAUAUAAUAAAGUUUUUUUUUUUUAAUUUAUCCUAACUUAGUGGAUUUUUCAUGUAACUUUUUUUCUAGAUAGGCUGUCAACACUUUAUGAUCUCCCUCAGCCUUUAGCCCUUUACUUUCCAAGGGCCUCGAUGAUGAGUACUAGUUCUAUUGGGGACCAUUCUCCUGGACGUCAUCGGCAAGGGGAUGCUGUUUUGGACUUGGAUCUUAAUAGGGAUCCACCUGAUGUGCAUCAGGAGCAGGAGGGACCUUCAAUUCUAUCAGAAUCUCGACGAGUAGUUCAGGCAGAUUUUGAUGAGGAGGCUGCAGAUGAUGAUGUUAUUGAAUGUACACGAAGUGCUUUUGAUGAGGCUAGAAAUAACUCGAGAAGAAAUCGUUGGAGGACUAUAGUUGAUGUGGAUUUAGAUAAUGCAAGUCAGAGGACUGAAAUUUCUCCCAACUAUCGUAGAAGAGAUUCUUUGAACCAAACAGUUCCUAAUCUUGAACUAACAUUAAACUUGGAAGGCAAUAACAAUUCUGAGAGGGAGACACACAUAAAGUCACCUGAACCUCCAAAAGAACCUGUCUUUAACUGUCCAAUAUGUAAGCAACCAUUUGUGGAAGAAAUGUCUACAAGGUGUGGUCAUAUAUUUUGUAAGAAAUGUAUUAAAGCUGCUUUAAAAGCAAAACGUGAAUGCCCUAUAUGUGAAGAAAAGAUCACUUCAAAAGGGCUUGUAAGGGUGUUUCUACCAUCAACUGGUUCUCCUUGA